GUAGCCCACAUGAAGGGUAUUGUGGCGGCCGCACGCCGUUUAUGAGAUGCUAAAAAGUUGUAUGGACACGUGACGGAAGAAGAAACAUUCAUUGAUGACAAAUUCUUCACAACACUAAAUAAGAGCUAAACACGUGUACAUUUCAAUUGCAUUAAAAUAACUCGAUCGAGUUGUGAGGAAAACAGAGAGAAGUGAAUUGUUGAGAGAAAAUGGCGGAAACCAACAGCAACAGUGCUCCAUUACUGAGAUCAAUAGAUGGAGAAUUGGAGAAAGGAAGACCCAAAGAGCCAUGGAAAGGAGAAGUAGUGAAGAGCAUUGUAUAUGCAGGCCUUGAUGCCAUUGUCACUUCUUUCUCCCUCAUUUCUUCAAUCUCUGCUGGUCAUCUUUCCUCUGUUGAUGUUUUGGUGUUAGGUUUUGCUAAUUUAGUUGCUGAUGGAAUAUCUAUGGGGUUUGGGGAUUAUGUGUCAAGCAGCACAGAGAAGGAUGUGGCAGCCAAGGAGAAGAAAGUGACCGAGUGGGAUGUCAUUAACCAACACAGGCCUCAGAAGCAGGAAUUACUUCGACAUUAUCAGGAACUUGGAAUGAAUGAUACUGAUGCUACUACAGUCGUGAACAUAUUUGGCAAGUAUAGGGACAUCAUGGUAGAGGAGAAGAUGGCGAUAGAGAAAGGAUUAUUGCCACCAGAUCAAGCUGACAAGCCAUGGAAGAAUGGGCUAAUCACAUUUACUGCCUUCAUUGUGUUCGGUUGUGCCCCGCUUCUGGCAUUCAUCGUGCUCAUCCCGUUCACAAACAAUGACAGGCACAAGUUCAUAGGUGCCUGUGUGUUCUCUGCAGUUGCCCUUGCACUGCUGGGGAUAGCUAAGGCCAAGAUUGCUGGUCAGAAUUAUGCUCUUUCUGCAAGCAUCACACUUUUCAAUGGACUCAUUGCUGGGGCUGCUGCAUAUGGUAUUGGCUGGACACUCAGAAAUGUUGCUGGCUUGGAAGAGUGAUCACUCCACUUGUCACUAUUAUGUUUCAAAACUGGUUUUGCUGCUAUGGGUCACGGAACGGGCGAGCCCUUGGUGAUUUCCUAGUUUUUAACAAUUUUGUUGACGACAAAAUCAUGUUCUAAAUCAUCUUGAGAUAUUACUGUCCUAACUUUAUGUAGUGAGUGACUUUUUUUUGUCUGACUAAUGUACUGUUAUGGUAAAGGUUCUAACGUAAUUGGGAUUAGGAAAUAAAUGACAUGACAACAAAAUUCAAA